UUCUUUUUAAAGUUUCUUUUUUUUCUUUUCUUUUCACCUGUGACCGCUUUUAUCUGAGGGGAGAAAGCAAUGAACUACUCCGAGAAGCUCUCCUCUUUGAGAGAGAGAGGAGUAAGUGAGGGCGGAUUACCCGUUCCUGUUUUUGUUCUUGUUUGAGGUAGCAAAAUCAGCUUUGGAGGAGGAUUUAAUGCUUACGAUUGCGAUGGAAUUUGAAAGAUCUGGUUCGAGAGGGGAUUUUUUCUAAAAUUUCUCUUCUUUAUGGGCGUAGGAGCUUUAACGGCGGAAAAAGCUGCGAUCUUUCAUGCUCAUGGUUCUGAAAUCUUAGUAGGAGGAGGAUUUCCUUUCUCCCUUUUUGUUUGAUAGGUAUUAGGGUUUCUGCUUACGGGAAGGGGAUUGAGCGAGGAAAACUGUAGAAAAGGAGAUUGUUUGGGAACGCUUGUGAGAGCUAGACUCGUUGUUUCCCAGUGUAGCAUACAGUCUGGGUUUGAAAUUGGACUGAAAGGCCAUUGGAUGUGUGGAAUCUCUCCCAUUUCUUCAAAUUAAGGGGGGCUGUUUCUGUUCUUCGCCCUCAGUUAGCCCCGAUUACUACGGGAAAAAAGAAACCUGCUGUUCAACACAGUAACUGGCCGAGGAAAAUGAAAGAGAAUAAUUUUAUUACUGAAGAGGAAGCAAAGAAGGACAGUGAGAAGUGCUUGGACGCCCAGCUGUGGCAUGCUUGUGCUGGUGGAAUGGUGCAGAUGCCGUCAGUAAAUUCUAAAGUAUACUAUUUCCCUCAGGGCCAUGCUGAGCACGCCCAAAGUCCUGUGGACUUUGGCAAUUCUCUGAGAAUUUCCCCUCUGAUUCUUUGCCGUGUCGUUUCUGUUAAAUUCAUGGCCGAUUCAGUCACUGAUGAGGUUUUUGCCAAAAUAAGAAUGAUCCCUAUGAGGAGUAAUGAGCCAGAUUACAGCGAAGAAGAUGAACUUGUUUUAGGCAGCAAUGGGUCGGAUUUGCCAGAAAAACUUGAAUCUUUUGCUAAGACUUUGACUCAAUCUGAUGCCAACAAUGGUGGCGGAUUCUCCGUUCCGAGAUAUUGUGCAGAGACUAUAUUUCCAAGAUUGGAUUACUCAGCUGACCCACCUGUCCAAACGGUGCUAGCUAAGGAUGUUCAUGGUAAGGUUUGGAAAUUCAGGCAUAUCUAUAGAGGAACACCUCGUCGACAUCUUCUCACCACUGGUUGGAGCAAUUUUGUCAAUGAGAAAAAACUUGUGGCAGGUGAUUCCAUUGUAUUCUUAAGAACGGAGAAUGGUGAUCUCUGUGUGGGGAUCCGACGAGCAAAGAGAGGAAUUGGAGGUGGGCCUGAGAUGUCUGCAGGUUGGAAUCAGCCUACAGGAACUUGUAUGUAUGGAGGAUUCUCUGUUUUCUUGAGGGAGGAUGAAAGCAAGUUUAACAGAGGCAUGGGAAAUGGAGGCCGGAUCAAUUCUGGUUCAAGCUUGAGGGGAAGAGGGAAAGUGAAAGCAGAUUCUGUAAUUGAGGCUGCGACAUUUGCAGCCAGAGGGCAGCCAUUUGAAGUUGUUUACUAUCCUAGAGCGAGCACGCCGGAGUUUUGUGUGAAGGCAUCAGCAGUGAGAGCUGCAAUGAGAAUUCAGUGGUGCUCUGGGAUGAGGUUUAAGAUGGCUUUUGAAACUGAGGACUCCUCAAGGAUAAGUUGGUUUAUGGGUACCAUAUCCGCUGUUCAUGUCGCCGAUCUUAUGAGGUGGCCUGGAUCACCAUGGAGGCUUCUUCAGGUUUCAUGGGAUGAGCCUGAUCUUUUACAAAAUGUAAAGCGUGUGAGCCCAUGGUUGGUAGAACUCGUCUCGAACUUGCCAGCCAUCCACUUAGCACCGCCCUUCUCGCCUCCGAGAAAAAAAACUCGAAUCCCUCAGCAUCCUGAAUUCUCUCUUGAUGUUCAACUCUCAACCUCACCAUUCCCAGAAAACACCCUCAUUCCCAGCAGCAGCCCAUUGUGUUGUCUUCCAGACAGCUCUCCUGCAGUUGGCAUACAGGGACCCAGGCAUAGUCAGUAUGGCUCAAAUCUACCAGGACUUCACUUUGAAAAGUUGCAGUCUGGCCUGUUCCAUACUGGAUUUCUUCGGCUCGAUCGCUUUACGCCAUCUCAUAGAAUCUCUACAGGCCUCAUUGUUCCGAAUUCGGCGGAUCAUGAAGAUGUUUCCUGCUUGUUGACCAUUGGGAAUCCUUCUGUGUGUGUGAAAAAGGAUUGUAACAAAGAAUGCAAUGCAAUGACGCCCAAGUUUAGGCUGUUUGGAAAACCCAUACUCACUGAACAACAGCUCUCUCUUAGCCCAAACAACUCUUCUAAUAUGAAUUCUGACAAGACGACGAACUUAUCGAACGGUUCUGGAUCAUCAAUUCAUCAAAACGGCAUGGGGGAUAAUAAUUCAUCUUCUGAAGGGCUUCCUUGGUGCCGGGAUCGAAAACUAAAUGAGCUUGGUUUAGAGGUUGGUCACUGCAAGUUGUUCCUGGAAUCUGAAGAUGUAGGCCAGACCCUUGACCUAUCUUCCUUUGGUUCAUAUGAGGAUUUGUACAGAAGAUUGGCUAACAUGUUUGGAAUAAAGAAAUCAGAACUGAACAGCCGUGUUCUUUAUCGUGAUAUCGCCGGUGUUGUCAAGCACACCGGCGAUGAGCCUUUCGCUGAUUUCAUGAAGGGAGCAAGGAGGCUAACAAUAUUCAUGGAUUCGAGCAGCGACAACAUUGGCAAGUUGUAGGAGAAUUCUCUUUUCAAAUUUGCAGGUUUGAAGGAACAGUCUCUCCAAAGUUCAGCUAUUUUUUUCCAUGUUAGUGAGAGACACCAUAAAUUCAAAGACCAGAUAACUUGUUCUUCAUAAGCAUUUAAUCUAUCCUUUUGAACUGUCGAGAGCUUUGAAUAUGAACCUGCUAUUUCUUUCUGCUGAAUUACAUUUCUGUAGCACGAUCAAUUGUUGCCUAGUUUAUAUGUCUAAUUUAGUUGAUUUCCCUUUGUAGCUUUUUCAAGCAAAACUUCAGUUCUUGAUCAGUUUCUGCUAUUUCUUUCUGUAGCGUGAUCAAUUUGUUGC